UUCAACGCAAAGGAGACGACGCACGCACCUCCCCGUCUGUCAGCUAUGUCGGGCUGGUUUCGCCGAGGGGCUGCCCCGGCUGGCGGAGCAGCUGGGGCAUCCGCCGAUGGACUGGGGCCUUCCCCAGCCUCGGGAGUCCCGCUGGAGCUGAUCAAGUGGGAUGAAGCCACCAGUCGUUUCUGUCUGGGCCAGCAGGCGCUGGACGUCCUGAAGAGGACCAGGGGACCGGUGGGGGUUGUGGCGGUGUGCGGCAGGGCGAGGCAGGGCAAGUCGUUCAUUCUGAACCAGCUGCUGGGCCGCAGCGGCGGCUUCCAAGUGGCGCCCACACACCGCCCCUGCACCAAGGGCCUGUGGAUGUGGUCGGCCCCCGUGGAGCGGCGCGGCCCCGACGGCAGCAAGUACAGCCUGGUACUGCUGGACACAGAGGGCAUCGACGCGUACGACCAGGCACGCCCGCCUCCCGCCUCGCCGUGUGCCCCAGCGGCCGCCGCCGGCCAGCCAACGGCGGCGGCGGUGCUGCUGCCAGGCACCGUGACGGGCCAGUACAGCACCCAGAUCUUCUCGCUGGCGGUACUGCUGUCCAGCCUGUUUGUGUUCAACCAGAUGGGCGGCAUCGACGAGGCCGCGCUGGACCGGCUGUCCCUGGUGACCGAGAUGACCAAGCACAUCCGCGUGCGCGCGGGCGGCGGCGGCGGCGCCGACGACGACAGCACCGAACUCGCCUCCUUCACCCCCGCCUUCCUCUGGCUGCUCCGCGACUUCUACCUGCGCCUGGAGGAGGAGGGGCGCGCGGUCACCCCGCGUGACUAUCUGGAGACGGCGCUGCAGCCGCUGCAAGGCAGCGGGCGAGCGGUGGAGGCCAAGAAUCAGAUCCGCGAGAGCAUCAAGUCCCUGUUCCCCGACCGCGACUGCUUCACGCUGGUGCGCCCGGUGAACGACGAGGAGCAGCUGGCGGCGCUGGACACGCUGCCCGCCGCCCAGAUGCGCCCAGAGUUCAGGGAGGGGCUGCACCGCCUCACCCAGAUCAUCUUCAGCAAGGCCCAGCCCAAGCGCCUGGGCUCCCAGAUCCUGAGCGGGCCCAUGCUGGCGGGGCUGACAGAGGCGUACGUGACUGCCAUCAACAACGGCGCGGUGCCCACCAUCGCCACCGCCUGGCAGGGGGUGGCGGAGGCGGAGAGCCGGCGCGCGGGGGACGCCGCGCUGGCCGCCUACGCCGCCGCUUUCACCGAGGAGGUGGCGGCCGAGGACGCGGCGCUGGCAUCGGAGCACCAGCAUGCGCUGCUGGCGGCCAAGGCGGCGUUUGACGACAUUGCCAUCGGCGACGAGGGCGUGCGGCGCGCCAACGAGCAGCGCUGGCGCGACAGCUGCGAGGCCAGGCGCGCGUACCAGCAGCUGCGGGAGCGCAAGCUGGCCCAGGCGUCUGCCGCCUGCGAGCGCAUGAUCAGCGAGGCCACGGUGCGGCUGGCGGCGCUGGCGCGGCAGGAGGGGGCCACUGUGGAGCGCCUGCAGGAGGAGGUGGCCGCCUUUGAGCAGGCCUACCGUGCCUCCCCCGCGGCCACCGGCCCUACCAAGUGGCCCCGCUUCGCAGAGUUCACAAGGGAUGCGUACGGCGGCGCGGUGCGUGACCUGGCCGCCCGCCUGGACGAGCGGCGCAGGGCGGAGGCGGCGGCGGCGGCGCAGGCUGCUGAGGUGGCGUCCCUCAAGGCGCAGCAGGCGCAGCAGCGCCUGGCUGGCGCCGAGUCAGAGGCCGCCCAGCUGCGGGCGAGGCUGGGGGAGGCGGAGCGGCGGCUGGGAGAGGUGCAGGCGGAGCUGGCGAGGGAGCGGGCGGCGGCGGCGGCGGCCGCCUCCCGCCUGGCCGUGCUCGAGCAGCAGGUGCAGCACCUGGCGCAGAGCAAGGAGGCCGAGAGCCGCAGCAUCAGCCAGCAGGCGGAGGCGGCGCUGCGCGCGGCGCAGGCGGCACACGAGGCGCAGGCGGCGGCGGCGCGGCGCGAGGCGGCGGCGGCGCAGCAGCAGCUGGCGGCGGCGCAGGGCGAGGCGGCGGCACUGCGGCAGCAGCUGGCGGCCAGCGGGGCGGCGGCACAGGACUGGUCGGGGCGGUUGGCUGUUGUGGAGGCGGAGCGGGAGGGGCUGCUGGCCAGCGUGCAGCUGCUGAGCGCCGACAAGGCAGAGCUGCAGCGGGGCCAGGAGGCGGCGCAGCUCCAGCUGGCGGAGCUGACCCAGCGCAUGCAGGCCCGCGAGGCCGAGGUGGCCGGCCAGCUGCGUGGGCUGGAGGAGGAGGCUCGCCGUGCCGCGCUGCAGGCGGCUGCUGCGCCGCCGCCGGCGGGCCGGGCGCCAGCUGCUGCGCUGCCGUCGCCGGCGUUUGAGGAUGCGGGGGCGGGGGGUGAGGAUGAGUUUGAGGAUGUGGAGAACCUGAACAUUCCCAGGAUGACCAUUGGGCAGAUGAAGGACUGGCUGAUGGAGCACGGGUACGAGAAGGACGCGUGGGAGCUGGCGCAGAAGCGGGGCAAGAAGGCGGACUACGAGGCGCUGCUGCGGCGCGUGACGGGGCUCUAG